AUGAUACAUGAAAACACAACAGUGGAAGGAUUUAUCCUACUGGGGUUUUCUGAAUACCCAGAUUCCCAGAUUUUACUCUUCUUUGGUUUUCUCACUGCUUAUUCCCUCUGUGUUUUAGAGAACAUGUUUCUCAUUGUCCUUGUUUGUCUUAAUUCACAACUUCAUACUCCUAUGUAUUUCUUUGUUUGUAACCUGGCCUUUUUAGAUAUUUGCCUGACCACCCUUAUCCAUCCUAAAUUCUUGCUGACAUUCCUGAAUAUGAGAUCAAUAUCCUUCCAUGAAUGUAUGGGGCAGCUUUAUCUUUAUAUUUCUUUCCAAAGCUUGGAGUUAUUUCUGUUGACUGUUAUGUCCUACGAACGCUAUGUGGCAAUCUGUAAUCCACUCCGCUAUAAUAUCAUUUUGAAUAAGAAGGUCUGUGUAACUCUUACUGCUGUCACGUGGAUGAUAAGUUUAGUAGAUCCAGCUCCCUUUAUCCAAAUGUUGGCAAAGUUGAAUUUCUGCAAGUCUGAUGAGAUUAAUCACUUUUUAUGUGAUUCUGUUCCAUUAUUGAAACUUUCCUGUGAAAGCAUCAGCAGACUAGGACUUGUUCUUCUUAUUGAGGGUAUAGGUUCUGCUUUGCCAUGCUUCUUAUUUACCUUGUCUUCUUAUAUCUCAAUCAUUUUUGUUAUUCUUAAAAUUCAGUCAGCCAAAGGAAGACGGAAAGCUUUCUCUACCUGCUCAGCCCACCUCACUGUUGUAUGUAUGCUCUAUGUCACACUGACUUGUGUUUAUAUUGUGCCUCCAUCUAGUAAUACAUCUGUGAAUAACUCUAAAACAGCUUCUCUCUUAAAUACAGUACUCAUCCCAAUACUAAAUCCUCUAUUAUACAGUCUCCGAAACAAAGAGAUACAAAAUGCAUUUCUUUCACUUGUAAAACAAAAAAGGAUUUUAACCAAGUAA